AUGUAUAGAGGAGGUUGUAAACAUGCUUAUAUGUUUUCACGAAUACAACUUCGUUCCUUUUUCUUAUUGCUUUACAUAUAUAUUUCAUUAAUAAAUGUUUUUACUUCUGCAUGUGAUCCAUCUAUUAUUUAUCCGCCUUUAAAUCGACCUGGUCCGCCUUAUAGUGUACCACUUACUAAUUUAUCUGAACAUUUCAAAUGUUAUCCAGGAGAAAAUCAUCGAAAACGAUGGGUAUUAUUUUUACCAGGUUCAACCGAAGAAGUUAAAGAAUUGUACAGCUGGAAUUGGAUGCGUAUAUUAAACGAUAAAGGAUGGCCAUUUUGUACAUUACAAUUACCAGAAAAAGGUUUAGGUGAUUUACAAAUUGCUGCAGAAUAUAUUGUUUAUGCAGUUAGAAAAAUGUAUAAAAAGACAACUAAAGAAAAAAAAGAAGGGAUUCGUCGUAAAACAAGAAUAAAUAUAAUUGGUCAUUCUCUUGGUGGGGCUCUUCCUCGUUUUGCACUUCGUUUUUGGCCUGAUAUUCGAUAUAUGGUUUAUCAUUUAAUUGCAUUUGGAGCAACCAAUCAUGGAACAAGUAUGGCUGAUAUAGCCUGUGAUGUUUUUCGUUGUCCAGUUUCAGUUACUCAACAGCGAAUUAAUUCAUCAUUUCUUUGUGCACUUAAUUCUUAUCAGGAGACAUUUCCUUCAAUAAAAUAUACAAAUAUUCUAUCGAAAUUUGAUGAAAUUGUUCGACCUGUUAAUAGUAGUGAAAUUAAUGAAAAAGGUGUGGCAAAUAUUUAUAUUCAAGAUAUUUGUCCACUUCGUAUAUUUUCUGAACAUCUUGGUGCUGGUAUUUAUGAUUAUUGUGGUUAUUUUCUGACAAUGAAUGCAUUACGUUCUAAAUCAUUGAAAAAUAUUUCAUCAGAAGAUUGUUGUACAGAAAAAUUAAUGCCUGGUAUCAAUAUAUCUACAGUAGAAUUUUUUUCUAAAGUUUCUUUUUCAGCUAAAGAACAUUUAAAACAUUUACUUAUGCAUAUGGGUGAAAUCAAAGAUGAACCAGAGUUAAAAUGUUCAUUUCGAACGGAUUGUAUUAAAAGAAAAAGAAGAGUAAAACGAAUAAAACCACGAUAA